GAAAGCGGGCCGCAAAUUUGACCGCAAUAUAUAGCUAGAUGAUCAACUUAAUUGUAAACUGGCCACAUUAUGUUAAGACAGCUGUAUCGACGGGGUUCUUCCUGCCUUCAGAAGAUCGACUGGCUCGGUUUCGCUGUCUUCCAAAGCUCGCGGCAACUCUCUUUCCAACAAAGGCAACAGACAAGAGCGUCAUCAACCUACCACAAAGAUACAGUGUUUGCUGAUGAAAACAAACAGUACCCCAAGGCUAGGAAAGUUAAUGGGAGAUUUGCUCUUCCGUGGGGUAAAUCUCAACUUCCUUCAGCACUUGUUGCUGCUAAAUGGUUCUUGAUCUCAACAAACAAUAGUGGUUUGCCCAGAGGAAGACUGAGGAAUUUCUUUCAAUAUGAUACUAAGGAACUAGACAAGGUGCUUCCUGUUCUUAAGCCAGACAAAAGGACCUUAGAUUCUCCUGCAGCCAAUAGCAUUCAAGUAACCUGGAUUGGCCAUGCAACAGUCUUGGUUCAAAUGGAAGGAAUUAACAUUCUAACAGAUCCUGUUCUUAGUGAUUACUGUGGUGCUGUGAGGAUGUUUGGGGUCAAACGAUAUCGUCCUGUCCCUUGCACUGUGGAUGAACUUCCUGAUAUUGACGCUGUUUGUAUCAGUCACAACCACUUUGAUCACCUUGACUACAAUACAGUCUGUGACCUUAACAAGAGGUUUGGGGAUAAAAUUCAUUGGUUUGUGCCAAUGGGACUUCUUAAAUGGACGACAGACUGUGGAUGUGAAAAUGUGGUUGAACUUGAAUGGUGGGACGAACAUGCUCAUCCUAAAUUUACAGACAAAAACAAAGCAGUAAAGUUUGUUUUUACUCCAGCGCAGCAUUGGUGUCGCAGAGGAUUAAAUGACACUAACAAGGUGUUGUGGGGUAGCUGGUCAAUUUUAGUCGCUAUUCCUAAGUAG